AUGAAAAUCCAUUAUAUUAAUAUAUUAUUGUUUGAGCUUCCAUUAAAUAUAUUGAUAUAUAAUCAAAGGAACCAUAAAAGCACCACACAUCAUACAUUAAAAAUACCAAUCACUAGAUUAUUAUGCGAAUGCGAAUUAUACGCACCAUCUAACUAUGACAACGAUCCUGAAAUGAAAGAAGUGAUGGAAAUUUUCGAUCGUCAAACCUCAGAAAGGUUUCAUGAAUAUGACGAAAGGAUGAAAACUACACGCCAAAAAUGUAAAGAUAAAUGUGACAAGGAAAUCCAAAAAAUUAUUUUAAAAGAUAAAUUAGAAAAAGAAUUAAACGAAAAGUUCUUAACGUUACAAACUGAUAUACAAAAUGAUGCUAUUCCCACAUGUGUUUGCGAAAAGUCGUUAGCAGAUAAAGUGGAAAAAGGAUGCUUGAGAUGUGGAAGUAUAUUAGGUGCGGCAAUGCCUGAAGUGGGCUCGAUAGGUGGAGGUCUUUUAUAUGCUUUAAAUGCCUGGAAACCUAAGGCACUUGAGGCCGCUAUUGCAGCAGCUAAGGAACUGGCUAUAACUGAGGCUACGAAUGCUGGUGUGAAAACUGUUGUCUCUGAAAUUAAUAAAUUGCUUGCUAAAUUUAAACAACAUGAAAUAUUAUUUGAAUUGAAACCAAUUGUUAAUAAAUCAAAUUUCAGUUGCGGUUCUUCUCUAUUUCAAAGAGCUGAGGAACUAGCUAGUAAAUCCUGUGUAGCUCAACCAAAUGGAAGUUAUACUUCUUUUUGUAAUACCAUAUUGAACGGUGAGAAAACUACGUUUAAACCUUUCGCACAAGCUGGUGCUAACACAUAUGAGAAAACAUUGACAACCGAAACACCAGUACUUCAAGCAAGAUACACAGCUGCAGUAAAAACUGCAUAUGGAGGUUACCAGACUGCUAUUAUUGCUUCCAUCGUUGCAAUAGUGGUCAUAGUUUUAAUUAUGGUGAUAAUAUAUUUAAUUUUACGUUAUCGUAGAAAAAAAAAAAUGAAAAAAAAACUCCAAUAUAUAAAAUUAUUAGAAGAAUAG